UACAGGUUGUGUUGGCGACGACCGCUGUGUGUACAUUGUCUAUGUAAAAACCCGCAUAGACUUUGCACGUAAUAAUGUAAACAAGAUUACAUGUACCGUAAGCUGAUCUGCGCUGCGUUACACCGAGACGACAACACCAUCCAUUGAAAUUGAUCAUUUUGAGCUUAAAAAUUGGAGGAAACGACUGCUAAAUCAACAUCAUGAAUGUUUUUAGGUAGUAGUGUCACCAGACUAAACUGAGCACAGGUGAUUUGUAACCAGGUGUCGAUGAAAUGGCGGCCCCCGUUGAGAUAAAACUGAGGAAUGCAGAGAGCUCGAUCCUGUUCAUGCAGCAGGAGCAUGCCAAGACUCUCCAGGCACUCCACCAGGAGCUUCACAAACUGCAGAAGAAAUGCGCCGAACUCAACUUUGAACUUGCCAUGAAAAGCGAUGAUGUCGAUGAAGAGAAAUACAAGAGUGAGAUCGAGGCUUUAACGGAGAAGCUGAACAAGAAGGAAAAAGAAUGCAAUCAACUAAAAGAGGAGAGAGAAACAAACCAUGAUAGGUUGAAUAAACUAGAACAACAGAUGAAGACAAGAGAGAAAAUAUUUCAAGAUCAACUUGCACAGCGGGGGCAAAAGAUUGUGGUUUUGACGGCAGAGUUGGAUCAGCGCUCGGGUACAAUUGCUUACUUGACCACCCAGCUUCAUCAGCUCAAACUGAAACAACUAAAACCCACUGUAGAACAUAUGAGGAGUGAUCCUGGGAGGGUCGCAAGCCCUUCACCUCCCAAAGACCCUGCCCCACCCAGAACCAAGCGUUAUAAUACCCGCCCUGGAAACGGUCCCGUUAAAGGGGUACAUCCUGCCACCCGUUUACGAAGCGACGACAACAUGCCUGAACCAAAUCAAGUGCAAUCUCACAUGUUCGGCCGAAUCCAUCGCGUCGGCACCACCCCUCAAACGGCAAAUCCUUUAUCGAGGAGCAGAGGGGGUGAGGGGUCGCGUGAUGUAACUGCCUUUAUCGCCCAUGUGGACCCUCGAGGCAAGGAGGUAGAGGUGAAGCCUGCACCCCCUAUCUUGCCACCCAUUACACCUCAGGAUGCAGCGAGGAGAGAGUAUGCCUUGUCUGCAGAGAUUGAGACGCUAGCUAUUGACAAGCCUUACGGUGCAGGCAAAACUCUCAAGUCACCCAAUCACUCCCCAGUGCACACCGACUAGUUCACCUUUCACCCUAUGAAACAUUCCCUCAACCAGUACUGUCUGGAUUUCUGCUACAUUCACCUGAGAAUUUGCACCGACUGUUAAUCAUUAUUAACUCUGCUUAAUUGAAAGUGUGUUUCCUGGGUUUGCAGCAACUCGGUUUUGCCCUGCCAUUUUUUACUUCUGAAAUGUUGAUAGUUUAUCUGGAAGUAGCAAAAAUUGUUAUAAAGACUAAAAAUAAAAGAUACAAGAACUGUACCUUGUACAUUCUUUUAGAAAGAUGAAUUGUUUUCUAUGUUGAGAAUAUUAAUAUUGUUUUGGCCUCUACACUUGUCAUUAAAAUAAUGUCGAGAUUUGGUAGAGAACUAGAUGAAAUAGUUCAAUUAUUUCACGAUUGCAUUUUCAAACAAUUUUAGGUAAAAUGAUAUUCCUUUCCUAAAUCAUGUAGUCUGAUGUAUUUCUUGCCAUACUAACAUUAAGAUUUUGAAUUAUUCCUGUUUGUAUAAUACAAUCUUCCAAUUCUGUUUGCCUUGUAAACCUUUCAACCGAUGUAUUUGCAUCACAGUAUUUGUUUCAGAUUACUACAUGUACCAUACUUUUCCAAGGUACAUAAUUUUUUUGGCGGGGAUUUUUUAAUUGUGUCUGUCUCAUUUGAGGUUAACAGAUUCAUUAAUCUUGGAGUAAAACAAAAUAAACGAAUAAGGAAAUGAUCACCUUGAUUAUGUAAAUACUUUUAAAUAUGAAGUUGUAAAAUAUGAAAAUACAUGUGUUUUUUUUAAAGAAAGCAGAGUGUGUUCAGUACCAGUUCAAAACUAUUAGAAGAGUAAUAGUUCACUUUAUGUUGUUAUUAGUCAGAAGGCAACACGAAAGAGAAAGAGAAAAUUUUGUGUUUUUAAUGCGAAUGUAUUUUGUAGCUGAUAACAUUGUGGGAAAAGUGAUUUUGUUAAAUAAUGUCAAUUAUUAAGUUCAGUGCAUAAUGUGAGUGAAAAAUCAACAGUAUAUUUUUAAAUGCACAUGAACACGUACGCGGUAUUGUUUCUUCUUCUUAAAUGACAACGGUGCCUUUUCCAAAUGUUCCCUUGCUUUUUGUGCUCAUAUAUGUAACUAUGUUUGUAUACAUCGAGGGCAAAAAGAGGAACCAGUCUUUCUCAACUUUUUAAUUCAUACUUAAAAACUUUUGCAUGCAGUACGAAAAUUGACUUGACUUGAGCCAUCCACAGCAUCGCUGGGAUGUAUGAUGGCUUCUGUUUUACAAUGGAUUGCCACGCCUUCCUAUCUUCUGUUAGCCUAGUGGCUUUAGUCAGUAUGCAGUAUGCAAAUUAAAUCUUGGAAAUCAAAUGCAGUGUUGUACACCUAAAAUGUUUUGCAAUCUUUGUAGAAAAACCAUUGUUAUGGUUCAGUAUUAUGAAAUUGAAUGGUACUGGAAAGGUUUAAAAGAACUUUAGUAAUUUUACAUAUGUAGAUGUAGUGAUCGUAUGAUGUGAUUGUUGUGUAGUUGAGUGCAGCUUUAUGCACUUGGCUUUUGUGGUACUCACAUGUCAUGUUGUCAUUUGUGUUUAAAAAAACCUACACCUUUUACUUGGACAUGUAAUAGAAAAGAUACAUUACAGAAUUGCUUUCAGUUUAUUGUCAAUUGACUGAAAUUGACUUUAAAUAAAUGAAUGAGUACGUGUACAUGUUCAGAGUAUACUGCAAGGAAUUUGUCAAAUUUUAUUACAGUAAACAUUCACCUUCAGUUGGUACAUGUAUGUUACAUGGUACAACUUACUACAAACUUUAGUGUUUCACAACCUGAUAGUCAUUUUGAUCAACGUGGUUAUUUCAGAUGUUUGAUAUCUCAUGCUUGUUUUUCCAAGCACCCAUUGUUAUUCAUAAUGACUUUGAUAUCUUUCUGCUUACGUUGUACACUGCAGUAGGGUGACUUCAAUAUUUUAGACAAGGUAGAAGUUUUAUUUCUCAUCAUACAGACCGUAUCUGUUAUUCUGUAUGAAUUAUGUUUUAUGUGUUUGUGGUAGGUUUCCUUGGAGCAAAUGGCAGGUGAGGGAGGUUAAAAUUGGCUUUUGCCUCAAUUUGAUUUUUAAUUUUUCAAGAGAUGGUAAAUCAAAUUAACACUUUUAAUUCAGUGUCCAAGUUUGAAAGUGCCUCCACAAGCAAGUAUUUGUUAGAUCUGACUGUAUUCAAAAUAAUGUGUAAGGUGUCUUCUGUGUAACAGUUGUGUUAUGUCAUGUAUGUGUGAAGUCGAUGUGGAUUUGAUGUAACACUUCUUUGUUGAAGAGAUCAUGUAGAUCUCAAGCUUGAAAAAAAAGUUAGUGUCUGGUAGGAGGAAAUUUUUGUAUAAAGAUGACUUUUGCUAAACUUCUCCAUCGGGGAGGAGAGCACAGAGAAGGAAGACAUAGUCUCAGUGUAACCAUGGCAACACAAGAGACCCACACUGCUGUCAUAUCUCAAACUGACUGCUCCUUUUUUAAAUGUAAAAACAUGAUUGAGUUAGGCAUACAAGUGUGGAUCUCUUGUCUGAAGUAAGAUACAGUAUUUGGUUUAUUUUGAGGUUGCUGAUUUUAAUGCUUAUGAUUGUAUAAUACCAUGAUCUUCUGUCAGGAAGUAAAGAUCAAUGUAUACUUUUAAUUCAUUAACAUGUUUGUGAACUCUCUCUAAUGAAGCUGACAUUGAUUCUUUCAUUUGAAAUUUGGAUGUGAGGUAUCUUCAAGAUAUUUCUUUCUAAUAAAGAAAAAACCUAAUUUAUUGCAAAA